AUAUUCAUUCUAUACGUCCUCAACAUUUUGAAUUCCAUUCUCUCUCUCAAAUCUUAUCUUAAUUUCUCUCCUCCUAAUUCCAUGGUGAUUUCUAAACCUUUAAUUAUUGCUUAUCUUUUCAUAUCGUCCUUUCUCGUUCAUACGUUGGUUGAAGCUAAUAAAAUGGUGAACUCAAUCGAUGGUGUUGCGACUAAUACGGCUAAGAUUCAAAAUAUUGAUUGUGGAGGAGCUUGUGCAUCGAGGUGCAAAUUAUCAUCAAGGCCCAACCUGUGCAAGAGGGCAUGUGGCACGUGCUGUGCACGUUGUAGCUGCGUGCCGCCGGGCACUUCCGGCGGCUAUGAUGCCUGCCCUUGCUACGCCAGCAUGACCACUCACGGCGGCCGCCGAAAGUGUCCUUAAAUUAUUUAAUUAUUCAAGAAGUUACUGUUACGAAAUAUCCGUCACAAUUUCUUCAUGCAAAGUCUGUUCUAUUAUGUUCAUUGUCAUCUUCAAGCUUUUCCAGCUUUGAUUAAUAAAUAAAAUUUUCAAAGAGUGUUUAAUGUAAGAAAUUAAUCUAAAAUAAAAGUUAUAUAUAGGAGAAAAACCAGAUUUUUCUCUCUUAUUUGUUAGCUUUUCCCUAUUAUGUGAGUGAAUAUACAACAGAUGUGAAUUAUAUUUUUGUA